UGGUUUUCACAAUGGAAUUGUAUAACUGUUGUUGGAUGUUUUUGUGUCUAUAUAAACACGACACGCCGCACUGCUAUUCCAAACUUGAGCUCUACACUUCAUCACGAUAACUGUUAUCACCUACAAGUUAUUAAAGUAUCCAUCUCUUCGAUCAAAUCUCUCUUUUAAUUUCCCUUAAAAGAAAACAAUAAUACAACAGAUUACGUACAGUACUCUACGAAAGCCAUGGCGCCCAUUCAACUCCCAUUCAAAUCUUUCCCUCGCAAGCAAUUCGACGACUCGGUGGCCGCCGAAGUCGAGCGCAUCUUCCUCUCCGCGUGCAGGAAAGCCGUCGAGGCGGAGAAGGAGCACGGGCCCGCGGGCCCGUUCCCCGACGGCGAACAGGUCUACGACGAGGCCGUCGCGGAGGUGAAGCAGCAGUGGACCCAGCGGGGGAUCUGGAAGGCGGAAUGGGACGCGGCGAACCAGCCCAGGCUGACGGACCGGUGGACGCACGAAGGGCCGCUGCCGGAGGGCAUCACGCCCGAGGAGGCGGCGCACCCCAGCGAGGACAUCUCGCUUAAGAAGAGCGUGGUCCUGAGCCGCCACUACGCCUCGCGGCCCGCGAAGCAGUACGUCGAGCAGGUGACCCUCGAGAAGGAGAGGAUCGAGGCCGAGCACGGCGUGUGCCCCCGGGGCCUGGCGGAGGACCUGGUGCGCGCGCGCUGGGUCACGCGGGGCAUCUGGUCCGACGACUGGUUCCUGAUCCCCGGCGACGCGUGGAUGCACGAGGACGAGGAGCGCGGCGCGGAUGUCCUGUCUGCUGGCGAGCAGGAAGAGGUGACGGAAGUAGUUCUGCUAACGCAGAGUCUGCUCAAGAAGUUGCAGCUGUUGACCGAAACAGACGAGCCGUCGUCGAAAGAGUAAAUCAUACGAAUGGAAGCGGAAGCUGGGAGAGGGCAUGUGUGUAAGUUUGGCUUUGCAUGCCGUCCCAGUAGGCAGAUUUCCCUCGUGGACCAUAUAAGCU